AUGAUGACGAUGAGAAAGAUAAAUGAUGAGGUAGUGAAUGGUUUAUUUCAGAUUUUAAUGGCUAAGAAGCAGUACGACCUCUUAUUUAAGCUGUUGCUGAUAGGUGACAGUGGUGUGGGUAAGACGUGUAUCUUGUACAGGUUCAGUGAUGAUGCCUUCAACACAACGUUCAUUUCUACAAUAGGAAUCGACUUCAAAAUUAAGACAAUCGAGCUGAAGGGAAAGAAAAUAAAAUUGCAGAUAUGGGAUACAGCAGGUCAAGAACGUUUCCAUACGAUCACAACUUCUUACUAUCGGGGUGCGAUGGGUAUAAUGUUAGUUUAUGAUAUUACCAAUGCAAAAAGUUUCGACAAUAUAGCGAAAUGGCUGAGGAAUAUUGACGAGCAUGCAUCUGAAGAUGUGGAGAAGAUGUUGUUGGGUAAUAAAUGUGACAUGGCCGAUCGAAGAGUUGUAUCGCGUGAACGUGGUGAAAAGAUCGCAAAUGACCAUGGAAUCAGAUUUCUAGAAACAUCAGCCAAGGCAAACAUACAGAUCGAUAAGGCUUUCUAUGAUCUCGCUGAGGCUAUUCUUGAUAAGAUGCCAAACAAAGAAGAUGGUGCUAAGCAACCCACUAUUCGACCAGUUGAUUCUGGUGCUUCGAAUGGCAGGUCUGGAUGUUGUUAA